AAGUCUGAGUCUAGUAUAAAGGGAAUAACAUGGUUUCCCAGUGGCUGACCUGUUUAUGUUUACUUAAAGAACACACUGGAAAGGGCGUUUUGCAAGACUCAACGGAGCUUUCUACGUUGUAGCAAGUUUCUUUUUACACUUUAAGUUUCUUUUUAUGUUCAGAUUUACAAGGCCAGUGGCAUGUAAAUCUCAUAUUUCACUAAUGUGCCAGUCUUACAAAUGGAAAGGGGGCUUCACUUUGGAAACGUGAGCAUUUCCCUGGUGCUCCUGCUGUUGCUGAAAGCGCUCAUCGGAAUCGGGACGUCGCAAGCUCAGGGCUCCGCCAUCGGGAGGGAGUCGCAGUCCGCCGCCGCUGCCACCAACACCAACCGGGGUCCGGGCUUGACCUCGGCGGAAGAUGGUGCGAGAGUCAUGGAGCGCGGCUUGGAGAAUGUAGGCAGCCCGGUCAUUGGAGCAGACGUUACCGUGGAGGACGACGAGAACGGGUCGGCGGGAGAAGCCGACGAGUCUUACGGGGAAAGUAACGGUAGCGUCCGACCGACGAGGUCUCUAGUGAUCAUCAGCACUCUGGAUGGACGGAUCUCGGCUCUGGAUCCUCACAACCAGGGCAGGAAGCAGUGGGACCUAGAUGUCGGCUCAGGGUGCCUGGUGUCCUCCAGCCUCAGCAAGCCUGAGGUGUUUGGCAAUAAGAUGGUCAUCCCUUCACUGGACGGUGCCUUGUUCCAGUGGAACCGGGACCGGGAGAGUAUGGAGGCAGUGCCUUUCAGCGUGGAGUCCCUGCUGGAGUCGUCCUACCGCAUCGGAGAGGACACGGUGCUGGUCGGGGGCAAAUCCCUCACCACCUAUGGCCUGGGGGCUUACACCGGCAAGCUUCGGUACAUCUGCUCGGCGGGGGGCUGCAGCCGCUGGGAGGACGAGGUGGAGACGGAGGAUGUUCUCCUGCUGCAGAGGACUCAGAAGACCGUCAGAGCCAUCAGGCCUCGAUCAGGGAUGGAGAAGUGGAACUUCAGCGUCGGAAACUUUGAGCUGAAGCUUCUCCCGGAGAUGCAGCCUGGAAUCAACUUCCUGGAGGGAGACGUGGUGAACGGUGACGCCUGGAAGGAGAGCCAGCGGGUCAUCGCCGACGAGCCGAGGGAGCAGACGGAGAGCCAGCAGAACCAAAACCAGCAUUUGGACCUCGUCAUCAAAGUGUCCGUUCCUGACUGGAAGGUCAUGGCCUUCAGCACCGAGCCUGGUGGGCAGCUGGUCUGGGAACGUCAGUUCUGCACCCCCAUCGCCUCGGCCUGGCUGGUGGGAGGCGGUAAAGUCACGCCGAUCAGCCUCUUCGACGACACCGGUUACACCAACCAGUCAGAAACUGACGAUGAGGAUGAGGAGGAGGAUCCGGAGAAGGCCCUACGGAGAGCUGCAGAGUCCAGCGUUUACCUCGGGAUGUUCCAGGGGCAGCUCUACCUCCAGUCUUCAGUCAGGAUCUCUGAGAAGUUCCCCACCAAAGCCAUCGGGUCAGAGAAGGAUAUAAUCCCGCUGCCCACUGUCAAAUGGAAGCCUCUAAUACCAGAUUCUCCGUCUCGGACUCCAUCGCUGAUCGGCUCUGACGAGUUUGACAAGUGUCUGACUAACGACAAGUUCUCCCACGACGAGUACAGCAACGGAGCCUUAUCCAUCCUUCAGUAUCCAUACGACAAUGGCUACUACUUCCCCUACAGCAAGCGUUACCGGGAGAAACGCGACAGCGCCGUCAGCGUGAUAAAGGGAAACGGCGUGGACGGCGACAGUCGCAGGAGGAAGGACCCGGUGCUGCUGCUGCCCUGGUGGAAGGAGAUCCUCGGCACCAUCGUCUUCUGCAUCGCCGCCACCACCUACAUCGUCCGCAAGUUCUUCCACCCUCCUGCCCCCGUGGCCUACGUGAGGCAACGGAAAGAGUCGGAGACACAGUGCCAGACAGACAGCAAGUUUGACCUUGAAGUUGUGGAAUCCAAAGAGCCGGUUGCCAUGGAGACCCGUUCCAACGAAUAUGUGUCCAGGUACCUGACAGACUUUGAGCCGGUGCAGUGCCUUGGCCGCGGGGGGUUCGGCGUUGUGUUUGAAGCCCGCAACAAAGUAGACGACUGCAACUACGCCAUCAAAAGGAUCCGUCUGCCCAACAGGGAGCUGGCCCGGGAGAAGGUGAUGCGAGAGGUGAAGGCCCUGGCGAAGCUGGAGCACCCGGGGAUUAUCCGCUACUUCAACGCCUGGCAGGAGAGCCCCCCAGAGGGCUGGCAGGAGGAGAUGGACCAGAGGUGGCUGAAAGACGCCAGUACCACUGACUGGCCAAUGAGCUUCCUGGACCACAUGGAGGCGCUGUCAGUCAAAGUCCCGGUGUCCAGUUCGGUGUCUCCCGUCUCGGGGCCUGGAGGCGACGUCCUGGCCUCCGUCUCCGCCUCCGUCGACGCUCGAGCUCUUCUGUCCAGCAGCGGCGGCAGCAACGUGGGCUUCAGCGUGGACGACGGGGACCUGUCCUUCCAGCCGCUGCUCGGCCACGACAGCCUGAUGUCGGAGCGGGACAGCCAGGCCGACCCCGACGCCUCGGACACCCCCCACUCCUUCGAGCUCUGCCCCCCGCGAGGCCCCAGCGACUGCACCUCCUCCUCCUUCGACAUCGUGUUCGAGGACUCGGGCUGCGAUCGGGACGCCGACGCCGACACGAACUCCAGCGCAGCCAGUCCGAGCACGGCGACGGAGAAGAACAGCUCGUCUUCCUCGCACACCAGACGACAGGAGCCCGUCCCGCCUUCGUCGUCCUCUCCUCCCCGGCCAACCUCACUCACCCUGGCUCUGCCCACGACGCCUCCCACCCAGAGAGUCCAGCCCUCCCCAAAGGUGUACCUGUACAUCCAGAUGCAGCUCUGCAGGAAGGAGAACCUGAAGGACUGGAUGGCUCAGCGCUGCCUGCCGGAGCAGAGGGAGCACAACCAGUGUCUGGACAUCUUCGUCCAGAUCGCCGAGGCCGUCGACUUCCUGCACAGCAAGGGGCUCAUGCACAGGGACCUCAAGCCCUCCAACAUCUUCUUCACCAUGGACGACGUGGUGAAGGUGGGAGACUUCGGCCUGGUGACGGCCAUGGACCAGGAGGAGGACGAGGACGAGCCCAGCGCCCUGACGCCGGCGCCUCUCCUCACCCGGCACACCGGCCAGGUGGGCACCAAACUCUACAUGAGCCCCGAACAGCUCUCUGGGAACUCGUACUCUCACAAAGUGGACAUUUACUCUCUGGGUCUGAUCCUGUUUGAGCUGCUGUAUCCGUUCAGGACCCAGAUGGAGAGAGUGAGGACGCUGACAGAAGUGAGAGCGCUGUGCUUCCCAGAGGUUUUCUCCAAAAACAACGUGCAGGAGCUCAGCAUGGUCCGCAGCAUGUUGUCUCUGAGCCCCGGCGAGCGUCCCGAGGCGGCCGACAUCACCGGGACGCCGCUCUUCCAGGAGCUGGAGCUGCCUUGCCGCCUGGCCGUGAGGCAGCGCUCCCGCACCUACAGCGCCUCCUCCAUGGGCCGGCCGUCGCGCCAGACGUCGGCUACCUGAACGAUCCCAUCAUGCAAUAUGUGACGACUCCUCCCCGCUCCGCUGUCCUUCCCCAGGAGAAACGCCUCCACCCCAUCGCCACUCUGCCUCAGAUAGAACCACUUUAACCGCCAACAGAGCCGCUCAGAGUCCCCGACGGCGGCUCUGCUCGGAGACACGCACUCAUGCCGUUACGAAUCUUUUAACAGUCGCUCCGUAAAGUUCACUACCAGAUCAGCGGGUGUUUUUAAGCGAAAGUCUGAGCUCUUAACUCCUCAUUCUGCAGUUUUUUCUAUUUUAAGAGUCCGAUUUUGGAUCCCGGUCUGGUCCCGACAUGCUGCUUGUGUUCAGUGUUCACUCACCCACUCAUCCACGCUGCACCUCAGGUACCAAAACCAAGAGGACACUCCAGAGGGGCCUUUGAUGCUUGAUCAUCCCGUCGACUAGCGAGUGCCGCAACGGUGCUCCGACGCCCGAUAAUGCCUGAUUUGGGAGACCAAAAAAAGAACGAAAAGCAAAAGACCAUCUUUUAUUUCCUACGUUUGUUUAUUUUCUCUUCUUUUUAAACGAGAGAAGGUGACGUAUUGAGACCAGAUAUGACUUGCCUUUAGAAAGGGGCCUGCGAGUCCCUCUGAAUGAAUGCUCAUGUCUUUAUCUGCAUGACAGCAGGAAGUGACGGGGGUGAAUGUGUAUCUUUAAAGCCAGUACUUGGACGCAGUUGUUUUAUUUUUCCUUUUUCCUCUGUGUAAAUUUUACACGAUAACUCCGAGGUGCUCUAUCGUUUUUUUUUUUCUAACACCUCCUCUUUGCUCUCUGUAAAUAACCAACAGAUCCCCCCCCCUUCCUAGAUCAACCGUGUACAUACUGUAAGGCGCCGCUGCUUGUAAAUGGCUUUUCCACGAGGCGACUGUAAGAUAACUAAACUGUGAGAACAAAGAGGAGGCCAUCCCUGCCGCUAACGGAUAGCUGAAUGUUACAGUCCAGUGACCUCUUCCCCAAGUUAUUCUCAGUGUUUUGUUUUUGUCGGCAGGAACCAGAGUGCCAUUCGAAAGUCAGUUAAGUGUACUUUUUCGGAUUUUUUUUUGAAGCAUUUUUUGGAAUCUAUCAUCCAGCCGGAAAAAAAAAAAAAAAGAGUGAGGUCAGCAGCUCUCCCGUUAAGUUUUAGCCCCUCGACGCUCUUUAACCGAGGAGCCUGGACCUGACGCUGGUUAUUUGAGCCGCGUAAACGUCGUUUUGCGCGCGUUAGAAGUGCUGGGAGAGUCACGCGACCGCACGAACUCGCUAAUUGUAACAUGCUUUCGACGAUUGUACUUUUUUUCUAAGGAUCUUUUUUUUUUUUUUAAAGACAAGUUGUUUUUUUAUUCUUCUUCUUCUUAUUAUUAUUAUUCUUCAGGGUUUUUCUGGAUCACUGUAAAGUCUGUAAGAUGUUUCGUACAUUCAGCUCGACGAAAAAUGUUGUAAAUCGAUGGAUUCCGCGUCCGGUUUUCUACGACAAAUCCUCAAAAACGAGCGAAAUGCCAACGCUCAAAUCAAGGUUCGACAAUGUAAAAAAAACCUUUUUCUAGAAUCAACGUUUGAUACUUAAUUGUGAUUAAUGAACUUGAUAUUGGAUUCAGGGUUCCGCAAACGUAGCUAAAAAGGAUUUUUUUCGUCCUCCGUUUUCUAGAAAUCUGAGAGAAUUGUGAAAUAACGAAGAAGGCGACUUCCACACCUUUAGCCACCUCCAGUAGUAAACAGUCGGUCAUGUUUGUUCCAUUUAUACUGCAGACAGCAUUACGGAUUCUAGCGUAUUAUCAGACUCUCAACCCAGGACGACCCGAUUCACGCUGUAGGUUUUUUUCACGCUCUGUUAAAUCGUGUUCAUCCUCUUUUCCACUCCCGCCGUCCAGGUAGACCCCCCCCCCCCCAGAGGAUCGACCACUUUGAGCUCCUCUCGUGUUCUCGUGCACAAACUCCCCGUUUUUCCUCCCCUCCGGCCGUGUCGAAUUGUAAAUAUGUUUAUUUGCUUUAUUUAUGUUCCGAUGCCGUGAUCAAUCCUUUUUGGGUUGGUGUUAUUACGAAUGCGCUUCAUGCGAUUGGAGUGCGUUGGAAUAUGAUGACUUCUUAUAAGUCUAAAUUUAAUAAACUGUUCUAUACCAUUUGUACA